AUGGAUAUGUCUAUGGAUAUGCCUAUGCCUACAACCACCGGAGGCAGCACUUCCAUGGCAAUGCCAACCUCAUCCUCCAGCAUGUCCGGCAUGACAAUGGGCAUGCCUGGCAUGCAAAUGGUCUUCUUCACUUCAACGUAUACUCCCCUAUUCUCUUCCUCCUGGGUGCCUACCACCACUGGCCAGUAUGUCGGCACAUGUAUCUUCCUCAUCGUUCUAGCGGUCAUUCAAUUCGGCUUGAUCACUCUGAAAAGCAACCUCGAUGCUACGGUUUGGUCACCUCGGUCGUGUUGCGCGCCUAUGGGCCAGGAAAGCUCCGAGAAGGGAGGCGAAAGUGGACAGGUUUUGCAGAGGGCCAGAGCCUCGAGGCCGUGGAGGGUGGCGAUUGAUGGUCCAAGGGCGGCCUUGAUUGUUGCUAUUGGGGGCUUGGGCUAUUUGCUGUAA